CGUCUCUGAACGUAAUCGCCUUCCCAACAAUAGCCUUGCCUUUAUCGCGGGAAGAACCUCCGGUUUUGCCCUUUGACUUGAUCGGACCAGAUGAGGCGGCAGAGAGAUCUGCUGAUUUCACGGAACUGACAUCGCCGGAUUUGCCCUUUGACUUGCUCGGAACGAAUGAGGCGGCAGAGAGAUCUGCUGAUUUCACGGAACUGACAUCGCCGGCUUUGACAUCGCCGGAGGAAACACUGGUUUGAUUGACGGGAUCGACUGAAACAGGGGGAACCAUAGCUUCACCACUCGCCUGCACUGUAUCGGAAACAUCGGAUAACGUCAUCGCCGGAGGUAAAAUAUAAUCGUGAGUAGAUAUUAAGAUUUUGGUGAAGAAAAGAGCUGGAGUGCGAGAUCUAUAUAUACAGAAUAUCAGAUCGAGAACACCAAGAGUCUCCAUCAAUGAGAUCAAAUUGCGUUUAAGAAUGGAGAUGGGAUUGAUUGCUAGUAAGCUCGAUCGGCGAUCGCACGCAACGAAAAUACCGGAGAAGACGAAAAGAAAAGGAGUCGAGGAUCGUAUUUGUUCAAACCGUGUCUGACGUGUCAAAAAGAAACAUCCUGAUUGGCUGAUUUAAUUGCUGACGUGGACAGCUUCCCUACUCCUCAUAUAACCCUUUUAGUAUAGGUUAGAUAGGGGAAGACCCAAAUAUAAUAAAAGAAAAUGGUCUAAACAACUUUCAUAAGUAGAUUUUUUGGGAUUUCUUCCCUUUUAAUAGUAUUGAUUAUGAAGUUUUGGUUCUCUGCACACAUAUUAAGAAAUUAUCUUUUUAAAAAAAAAAAUCAUUAAAAUAUAAUUUAAAACUAAUUUAUCUAAUUAUAAACAAACAUAAUAAAAAUACUAUUGACUACAUAGUUUUUGAUAAAAUUAAAGUUAUUUACAUAUGUGAAAACAUCAUUUAUUGUAAAACAAAAUAAUCACCUAAAACAUCAUCUAUAUUGAAACGGAAGGAAUAUUAUUUAUAUAUACAUACAUAUAUAUGAAUUUUUGGAAAAAUUCCCACCGGAUGUGUUCUAAUAAAACCCAAUUGACAAAAAAGAAGAAGCUAUCUUUCGUGCCAGCUCAAUAAUCAUAUCUCUUGGCAGUCAUAUUUAAUUUUUGACAAAAAAAAACUAUUUGGCUUUUUCUUACUGUUCCAACAACAUUAACUAAAAAAGUAACAAUUCCCACAACAUAAACAUGCUUUUGGUUUUUUUGGUUGGAGGCAUAUUAGUUUAUUUGUUGCACGUUAUACGUACUAUUUUUAACGUACGUAUGACCGCUUGAAGUUUUUUUUGGGUGGGUAGCAUAUUUUUUUUUUUUUUUUUGCUAAACAAGUGGGUAGCAUAUUUUUAUUGCAGAAAAAUCGAUCCAAUAACUAACAUAUAUAUAUAUACUCCCCCCAACAUGCAGUGUAUAAUAAUACGAACUAAAACUUGAUCCGCAUGUUCAUAUGGGUGUUUGAUUUAAAUUUUAUAUACAUUAAUAUAUGUUUAGUGGUUAAUACUUUUAAUAUUUACCAUAUAUUUAAAGCUUAUAUGACAUUUUUAAACAUGAAAUUGAAUAAGUUACAUGCUGUUUUUUACUUUAUUAUUAUUAUAAACCAUAAUUAUAUUAUAUAUUUAUCUUAUUAAUUUUAAUUUGAUUAUUAGAUAAAUGAAUAUAUGUGUGAAACAACACAUAUAAAUAUAAUAUUGUAUUAAAAUAACUAUUCACAUGUAUACUUUACAUUUAAAUUAAAUAAUUAUUUAUAUACUAAUUUGAUUUGUAUUUAUAAAAAAAUUUAAAAUAUUAAUGUAAACAAAUAGAAACAGCCUCCAGCAAAAUAAUUCGAAGAACUCACUGCCUUGAUCAAUUUUUUUGUUUACUUGUCACAUGGUUUAUGGAUAUGGCUAAAAGUAAAUUAACUCUUUGUUUUAUUUUUCACAAAUUAAUUGUUAGGAUGAGUAAAAGAUGAAUAAAACGCUGUGGAUAUAUUAUUAUGGUAAGUAAUUAAUGAUGAAAUUAUGAAGAGUAAUAAAAAAAAAUGUGUAAUAAAAUUGUUGAAACGAAAGUUAAAUUCUAUUUUGUACUUCAGUUUAAAUAAAAUAAAUUCGCAGUUUUCUUUCUUUCUUUAGAAUUGUUAAAUUUGGGCUUUCCUGUUAUUAAACUACUAAUUGGAUUUUUAUAAUGUGUUAUAUAACUUAUAUAUUCACACAGGUUAUAAUUUUAAAAAUAUUAAAGCAUGUGAUAACUAAAGAGAACAUGCCAACCAGUUCAUUUGAAAGCAAACGGAAUUGUGAAUUUGGAUUAUGCCAACCAGUUCAUUCGAUGAGAAACGAAGACCGUAGCAAAUGACUUGAAAAGAAAUCCAAAUUUGCAUGUGAAUUCUUAUAUAUUUAAAACGUGACAUACUUGGCAUGAAAUGACAUCCACGUUAAGAAGUAACUGUUACUCGGUGUAAUGAUUGAAUUACUUUUAAUAGAACCGACCCAAAAACAAUACUGUUGUACAUUACUACUCUAAUUUGUAAAACUUAAUAGUAUACAUGUAUACUAUUAACCUUCUUCUUUUUUGAGAAAGGGUUUUGACAUGUACUAUUCCUUCCUUAAUUAGUUUCCUCUCAAAAUCGCAUUUACUACAGAUACAUCAUCCAACGAUGUAACAGCUUCGUGCCGCGUGUACUAACUCCAAAGUCCAAACACAAGAUUCCAAAAAAAUGUUAUAAAGUUGACAAAAAAGAUUUUCAUGGACCCAUACGUAUAUUACCAACGUCCGCCUAUAUAAACCCUAAACGUCGUCUGUUUGUUUUCAAAUCUUCACAAGACUUUCUAUCCUUUGACGUGGGAAUGAAUUAUUAUCAGUUUGAUCCCACGAGAAUGAAUAAUUCAGAAAAUGUUCAAUCUUAUGUUCAAAACGAAAAUUUCACCCCUGUUUCACAACCAUCUUACUUGACAAGAGAUCAAGAGCAUGAGAUCAUCGUCUCUACUCUGAGACAAGUGAUAUCCAGCCCCGGUGGUGACACUUCUUCAUCAAACUGGAUCGCUAGUGAAGCUCUUCCGCCUCCGGACGCUGGCCCUUGUCCUAUCUGUGGUGUCACCGGUUGCUACGGCUGCGCUUUCCCACGGCCCGCAGAGAUAAAGAAGGAGAAGAAGCACAAAGGAGUGAGGAAGAAGCCAUCAGGUAAAUGGUCGGCUGAGAUAUGGGAUCCAAGUAUAAAGGCAAGGAGGUGGCUUGGAACGUUUCCCACCUAUGAUAUGGCAGUGCAGUCUUAUGAAGAAGCAGAAUAUGAAAUUGCUGGAAGAAGGUCGGCGUGAAGUGACUCAGGGAGAAGGAAGCGUUUACCGAGAAGAUAUACGUAUAUGAUUGAUCAUCCCGGCUAUUUUCUUUGAAUAAGAUCCAAACUUUUCUGUUAAGACUUUGGAAUGUUAUAUGGUCUUGUUACUAGAAAACAGACUAUAAGACUUGUGUUGUUUUUUUAAUAUAUAAAUAUAGUCAUAUUCCUAAAACCACACAUGACUACAUGACCAUUGACCACACAUGUAGCGCACAGUAGUGUGAAGUCAACGAAUAUAACAAGGAAAAAAAUUAAGAG